GUCAAGUAGCUAGACAGCCGUCCAUUUGACACUACCAAAGAUUCUGAGUUAUACUGAAACAAUAAGGAAUGAAUUCAAAGGAAUCGAUCGGCUUAUUCGAGCCUCCCACAAGGAUAUUGGAUAUUGAAAAGACCUUCUUACCAUUUGAACCAUUUAGGUUGUUUUAGGCGCUCGAGGCGUAUGCGACCUGUAAAAUGCCUUUUUACGGUGUUCGAGUCGGUCGUGGCAUCGGCGUCUUCUCGAGUUGUAAUUGGGUCUGAGUGCAAAGACCUUGUAAAGGGCUACUCUGGAGCUUGCUUUAAGAAAUUUACUUCCUACGAUGAAGCUAUAAAGUUUAUUGAAGGUGGACAUGAGGUCGGAACCGUACUCUCGAAAAAGCGAAGGAUUGGAAGCAUGAAUGACGACCUGGAUGGUCGAGAUCGAUUACCGAGCAAGCUAUCUCCUGAAGAGCAUUACAUCAGUAGCAACCAUGUUCCAAGCACUCUGACAUUUUAUCAUGAUGCAUCAUGCCCGCGACGUGUGAUGGUCUAUACUGAUGGUUCAUGUAACGGUGCACAUGAUGAUCGUCGUGCUGGUUAUGGUGUUUACUGGGGGCCCAAUCAUCCAUGGUAAGCAUCGAAUUGGCUCUUAUCAUUCCAAGGAAUGUCUCUGAGCGGUUGGAAGGAGAGCAAACAAAUAAUAGAGCAGAAAUUGAGGCGGUGAUAUGUGCAAUUAAACAGGCACACAUUGGUGGUAUUACUCAUUUGGGAAUAGUUACUGAUAGUAAAUUCGCUCAAAACUGUGCAACAGAAUGGGGUCAACGAUGGGCGCGAAAUGCUUGGAAAUUAGCCAAUGGUGAAGAUGCUAAAUUAAAAGAACCAGUUAAACGAUUACUUGGAGUUAUCGCUGAAUCAGGAAUUGAAAUAAUUUGGUACCAUGUUCGUGGUCAUCAAGGUGUACACGGUAAUGAAGAAGCAGAUUUGUUGGCUAAUAUUGGUUCUAGUAAACCAUUACCAAAGAAAUAAACAAACGAGCAAACGCGCACGAGAGAAAUCGUUCAAUCUUUUGUUGUAAAUAGUGAAAAAGAAGGGAAAUCUAUUCAUGUUUAAUAAAUCUAUGCAUAAAUCAUAUGCCACACUAA